GUCCCUGGGACCUGGCUCUGGGUUUUCAAGAAGGGCUGACUGUAUCAGUUUUGGAUUCUCAAUGGCAGAGAUUGAGAAAAAUGCUCGCUCUCUCGAAAAAAAGAUAACACCACUGAACGUACUACAUGUGCAUGGAGUCCCUUUGCUAAUACCGUCAAAAGAAAUGUGGGAUAAAAUCUAUAAUUUCCAAGCCAGGCCUGAUGAUCUUAUUGUGGCCACUUACCCAAAGUCAGGUACAACCUGGAUGCAGGAAAUUCUAGACAUGAUUCAAAAUGAUGGUGAUGAGGAGAAAUGCAGACAAGUCGUUUCCUUUGAAAGACACCCUUUCAUUGAACUGAAAUUUCCCCACAAAGAAAAGCCAGAUUUGGAGAUAGCUCUUGAAAUUCCCUCGCCACGGAUAUUAAAGACUCACCUUCCCUCACACCUAAUUCCUCCAUCUAUCUGGAAACAAAACUGCAAGAUUAUCUAUGUUGCCAGAAAUGCCAAAGAUUGCCUAGUGUCUUACUACCACUUUCACAGGAUGACCUCAUUAUUGGCUGACCCUCAGAGUUGGGAGGACUUCUGUGAAAAAUUCAUGUCAGGAAAAGUGGCUUAUGGGUCCUGGUAUGACCACGUGAAGGGGUGGUGGGAUGCAAAGGACAAACACCAGAUCCUCUAUCUCUUCUAUGAGGACAUAAAAAAGAAUCCAAAAUGUGAGAUCUACAAGGUGUUAGACUUCUUGGAGAAAACGUUGUCAGAGGACAUUAUAAAUAAGAUCAUCCACCACACCUCAUUUGAAGUAAUGAGCAAAAAUCCCAUGGCUAGCCAAACCGCUGCACCUUCCUACUUAUAUGAUCACACCAUCUCAAAAUUCUUGAGGAAAGGGAUGCCUGGAGACUGGAAGAACCAUUUUACUGUGGCUAUGAAUGAGAAAUUUGAUGAGCAUUAUGAGAACAAGAUGGCAGGGGCCACACUGCCCUUCUGCACAGAGAUCUGA